AUGUGCCGUACUAUACCGCUAAGGAAAACAAACAAGAACCAGGCUAGGCUACUCCUCUUCCCCUUUCUGAAUCAACUUGUCCUUGCGCUUACCACUUCUGAAAACUUGCGAGCGAGUGUCGAUCGCUCCUUUGCCUGGGCAAGAUCUGACGACUCCUGCCCAAAGAUGGCGGGUUACGAAUUCAGAUUAGCUACUGCCAAAGAGGCCAGGAACGAGCUUCCGCUUUAUCUAAAGAAAAAACCUCUUCCUUUCUCUCUUCCUGAUCAGCGGAUUCAGAGUGAUCAGGUGAAGCCCCCCUUCUCGUUGUACCGAAAUAGAGAUCUGAUUUAA